AGCAGCGAAUUCCAAGGAGCGCCCCCCUCCCCGCGCGCGCGCGCUCCGCGUCCCUAGAACUGCAGCCUCAGUGCAGCGCCAACUUCUCCUGGCAGAAAGUAAGGGCGAGGGUGGUGGAGGUGGCGCGAAAGGAGGCGGCGGUGCACGCGCAGCCCGCCUCGCGCCCCCGGCCCUGGGCGCGUCGGGAGAAAGAGACGCGCUGCUGGGGCUUGUUCUAUUCCGCUCUGGCCGGAGAGAGGUCUCCGAGAGAGCGCCGCGCGCGCCUGAGGGGCACCUUCCGACACUUUUGCGCUCUUCUGCCGCCUCCGCCCCGUCCUCGGGUAGGUUGGGAAGUUUGCAGGGCGGGGCUCGGCCAGCCGAGGAGGAAGAGAGAGCCGGGGAAUUCUGUCCCGCCCGGUGCCAUUCCACAGCGAGCCGCGGGCGCGCCAGCAAGGUUUUCUGAUAAUGCCGUAUAUGAUUGCCUGGUGAUUACCCACUUCCUGAGACAAUGGGAAAGUUCCCUCACCCCCUCCCUCCUUGCAGAGAAAACAUUUGGUCAGUUUGGGAGUCAAAAUGGUUUCAGGAAGGUCUUCCUGUGCUGCUCCGUACAUUGAUUGGCAUUUCCAGAAAAACAGAAGAAGAAAAAGAUAAUGAACUGAAAGCAUCUGAAAAGUAUAUUGUGCAGUCCUCUGAAGCGAGUAGAAAUGUAGUCCUCCGAUAGGGCCAUGAACCUAAAACUAGUCUAUGUAUCUGUACUGAUGUUUGGAAUAAUGGGUUUAUUCCUCUUCAUGUACCUGCAAGAUUGGAUUGAAGAACAACAUACAGUGUCUGAAGAAAAAAUACAGCAGCACGCAAUUAAUCAGAACUUCAGAUUCUAUUCUUCAGAGGAACCUGAAAGAAAACCAAAAAACUGGGUCACUGGUGAAAAGCUUGACAAGCCACGUGAAGCUCUUAUUGAGAUUGGACAUUCUCAGGGAGAUGCUGAUCCUAUUCUAGGGAUGACAGGCUCCUUGACCACUGGAUUAUCUGAAGAGUCGCAAAAGAUUAAAUCGCUUCUUAAACAGUUCAGGCAAGUGAAUUUACCACCAGUUCUGCGCCCUUUAAACAAAACUUUAAUCAAAAGCAAUCACUGGAAAUCCACAGAUGAGAUGCAAGAGAAACGAAGAUCUUUCCUUUACGAUUUCUGCAAAAGGUACACUGGCAAAAGCAGACCCCUGACUCACCUUACGCGCAUGGUGUCCAGAAUCUAUGUGGAAGAUAAGCACAAAGUCUUGUACUGUGAGGUGCCUAAGGCAGGUUGCUCCAACUGGAAGCGGGUUUUGAUGGUGCUCAGUGGCGUUGCUGAUUCUGCUGCUAACAUUACACAUGAUGCUGCCCAUUAUGGAAAGCAUCUCAGAAAACUAGUCAGCUACAAUCUAAAAGGGAUACACAAGCGUUUAAAGACGUACACCAAAGUUAUAUUUGUGCGGGAUCCCAUGGAAAGAUUAGUGUCUGCAUUCAGAGAUAAGUUUGAACAUCCAAACAGCUACUACCACCCUGUAUUUGGGAAGGCAAUUAUUAAGAAAUACAGACUUAAUGCAGAUAGAGUGGCAUUGGCAACGGGCUCAGGAGUGAAAUUUAAAGAGUUCAUCCAGUAUUUGUUAGAUUCCCAUCGGCCAGUAGGUAUGGACACUCACUGGGAACAGAUCAGCCAACUCUGUUAUCCUUGUGCUAUCAACUAUGAUUACAUUGGAAAAUUUGAGACUUUGGGAGACGAUGCCAAUUAUUUUUUGAGACUAAUAGGUGCACCAGAGGGGCUGACUUUUCCUAAUUUCAAAGACAGGCAUUCCAGUGAAAAAAGAACAAAUUUAGAAGUUGUCAGACAAUACUUGGCAGAAAUUUCCACCACAGAAAGACAGCAGAUUUACAACUUUUAUUAUCUGGAUUAUUUAAUGUUUAACUACAGUGUACCAUAUGCAUAACCCUGACUUGGAUUGGUUUAGUAUGUAAGCAAUUUUUACCAUUUAGUUUGGGAGCAGAAGAAACGCAACAAGUUAUGAGAAGAAAAUUAAUUGCACUGAAAUGUCUGGACAGAAAAACACUUUUUACAUUAAGAAAGUUUUAGAGUCUUCAAAGCAAUGUAUCCAAAGGGAAUAAACCAAGCAUUCAAAACCUCUGAAAUGGCAUGAUAUUAUUGUAUCUAGUCAUGUUUCAUGAAUGUAUUUUUGUAUUUCCAAGGAAAUAUUAAGUAAAAACUAGCUUUCUUAACAAA